UUGGGUUACUUAGUGUAAGCCCAAAAACUUUUCACCUUCUCUUCUCAACCUAGCCGACUCAUUUCUUCUUCCUCACCAAUAUUUUUUUCUUCACCGAUUGACUUCUGGUCUUUCCAGUUUCUCCCUCUUUCUCUCUUCUAAAUCAAAGAUUUUGUUCCUCAUAUCAACACAACCACUCAACAAUGGACUACGAAGCAUAUCGUCCUCAUCGGAACCGCUCCACCCAAAACCGAGAAGAACCCAGUGGUUCUGGGGCUGAGUUUCAAACCCCCUCCACACGAGCUUCGGGAUCGCCUACAGCUGCCUCACCUCAUGUCAUAAUGACCAUUGAGGAUUUUGUUUCUCAACCGGGACGAGAACUUCUUCCAAAACUCCAUCCCAACUACAUCGGAGAUGCUACAUGGUUUGAGGCAUCUGGAAACGGCAUUAGCAAAUCUCUAAACCGGAUGAUGUAUGGACUCCUCAAAGAACCUUAUGAAACAUACUCGUCAAUGCCAAGUGAUGACAGUGACUUUUGGUUGAAACAGUUUGCGCAAGAUUUUAACUGGGAGCCACAACUGACAUCUAGAGUCCGUAGAGAGUUUGACAAAGAGGCAGCCACUCAAUAUUCCAACACUUUAUGUGAGUGGAAGAAAGGAGAAACUCCAAAGGGAAUAAACGAGAAGGUGUAUGAAGGGUUGCAAGAGUAUUGGGCACAAUCCAAGACAAAGGAAAUUGCUACCCAGAAAUCUACGAACUGGAAUAGCAAUUGAGGUGGCAAAGGGAGAGCAACGCACAAUUCUGGGUCAACAAGCCACUAUACCCGUGGAAAACAACUUAGAUGGUGUUGCUCCUGAUCACUUAACGUUGAUGGAAGACACCCACACUAACAAGAAGACCAAACAAAUUCAAGACCCUUCGGCUAAGGAAGUGAUUGAAAAUUCUCGUAAGAGGAUGGAGGAGUUUAGGUUAUCCCAACCUUCAGCCAAUGGAAAUGGCUCACCAACACCAAUCCCGGUCGAGAUGAUUAACCAAUUCGUUCUUGAGGAAACUCCACAAACCAAGGGUCGAAUCUUUGGAUUAGGAAAUGUGGCAAAAAGACUUUGUACUUCUUCAUCACCAAUAUAUGAUCGUGAUCCUGAACUUCUUCGAGUCCUCCAAGAAAAAGAUGAACGUAUUGAAGCUCUUGAGAAGAUGAUGGAAAAAGAGAAUGAGAAAAACAAACUGAGAGAUGAGGAGCUUGCAUCGUUCAUGGCAGAGAUGCGAUCAAAGUUCCCUGUGAAUUCAAGUUCUUAGACCUCUUUUCACAAUAUUUAUGUUUUAUUCCCCAAUUUCUUUUUCGUUUUGAUUUUUGGGAUGAUUUGUAAUAUUGUAUUUUGGAGUUCCAAAUUUAUGAAUUUAAAUGUUAUUACAUAAUUAGCAACUGUUGUCAAAAGAAAUUAGAUUUAUUUUUAAAUAUU